CGGCUUCCACGUCUGCUGCUGGGGCCGUCCAACCGCGCAAGUCGGCGAGCAGAGGGUUGGGCUGAUCGCCCCGGGCCGGCGGCGCCUCAUGCUGUGCGCCAGCGGAGAGGCAGAAACCGAAGGCUGCAAGGUCCUGGGAAGACUUGGAUGGCUAACCCUGACGGGAGAGUGGUUUCCAGACCCCGGAGGCCUGGCCCGGGGAGCCAGGGGAGCCAGGGAAGCCAGGGGAGCGGGGACGACUGGGGACCCCUGGACGACCGGCCACGUGAGGAGACCCAGGGGGCCCGGGAGCUGGCCAUGCUGAGGAAGGCGCAGGAAUUCUUCCAGACCUGUGAUGCCGAGGGCAAGGGCUUCAUCGCCAGGAGGGAUAUGCAGAGGCUCCAUAAGGAGUUGCCCCUCAGCCUGGAGGACCUGGAGGAUGUGUUUGAUGCCCUGGAUGCCGACGGCAAUGGCUUUCUGACCCCAGAGGAGUUCGCCACUGGAUUUAGUCACUUCAUCUUCGGCCAGAAUAAGCCAAGUCAGGAAGACGGAGGGGAGCCGGCGGCCCAGCCCCAGGAGGAGAAGGUGUACCAGACCAGAGGGGAGGAGGACCUGGGCGGCAUGGACGAAGACGAGGAGGCGCAGUUUCAGGUGCUGAUGGACAGGCUUGGAGCCCAGAAGGUUCUGGAAGAUGAACGUGACGUCAAGCAACUCUGGCUGCAGCUGAAGAAGGACAAACCUCACCUGCUGUCCGACUUCGAGGAUUUCCUGACCAGAAUCUUCUCGCAGCUCCAAGAAGCCCACGAGGAGAAGAGCGAACUGGAGCACGCCCUGCGAAAGAAAAUUGCUGCUUAUGACGAAGAAAUCCAGCACCUCUAUGAGGAGAUGGAGCAACAAAUCAAAAGCGAGAAGGAGAAGUUCCUCCUGAAGGACACGGAGAGGUUCCAGGCCCGCAGUCAGGAGCUGGAACAGAAGCUGUUCUCCAAGGAGCAGGAGCUGGAGCAGCUGACCCAGAAGCAGAAGCGGCUGGAAGGCCAGUGUGCCGCCCUGAGCAAUGACAAGCAGGAAACCAGGGCCGAGAACACCAAGCUGAGGCUCACAAACCAGGAGCUGGCCCGGGAGCUGGAGCGGACGGCCCGGGAGCUGCAGGAAGCGCAGCAGCAGCUGGAGAGCCUGCAGCGAGAGGCCUGCAAGCUGCACCAGGAGAAGGAGAUGGAAGUGUACCGCGUGACGGAGAGCCUGCAGCGGGAGAAGUCGGGGCUCCUGAAACAGCUGGAUUUCCUGAGGGAAAGGAACAAGCACCUCCGGGACGAACGGGACAUGCGUUUUCAGAAAGACAAGGCGGCCAAGGCAAACCCAGCUGCUUCGGCAGGCUGGAAGCAGCGGUCUGGCUCUGUGAUCGGCAAAUACGUGGACGGCAGAGGGAUUCUCAGAAGCCAAUCAGUGGAGGAGGAAGAUGUGUUUGGCGUUCCGAGGAGGAGGAGCUCACUGGGCCUGAACGGACACCCGCUUACGGAAGAGGAGCCGGGGGCUGGGGGGCCGCUCCGCCGGGCGCUCUGCAGAAUCAUCUCCAUUGAAGAGGACCCCCUGCCCCAGCUGCUGGGGGGCUCCUUUGAGCAGCCGCUGGGCAAAUGCCCCGAAGAGGAGGAGGUCUCCGACCAGGGGCUGGAGGGACAAAUCUCACAGGCCCGACCUCUGGGACAGGUGCCCACGUCUCCUCGAGGGCAGCCCGUCGGAAAAGAAGCCCUGUGGAAGGAGGAAGGCCCUGCGUCCACCCCAGACCGGCUCUUCAAGAUCGUGUUCGUGGGCAAUUCGGCUGUAGGGAAGACGUCCUUCCUGGGGCAGUUCUGUGACGGCAGCUUCUCCCCGGGCUCGGCGGCCACUGUAGGCAUCGAUUACCGCGUGAAGACGGUGUGCGUGGACGACUCGCACGUGGCCCUGCAGCUGUGGGACACGGCGGGGCAGGAGAGGUACCGCUGCAUCACCCGGCAGUUCUUCAGAAAGGCCGACGGCGUCAUCGUCAUGUACGACCUCACAGCCAGAGAGUCCUUCCUGUCGGUGCGGCAGUGGCUGAGCAGCGUGGAGGAAGCCGUGGGAGGCCGCAUCCCCAUUCUUCUGCUGGGCAAUAAAAUUGACAACGAGAAAGAGCGGGAAGUCCCUCGGGGCCUGGGGGAGCAGCUGGCCAAGGAAAACAGUCUGAUCUUCUAUGAAUGCAGUGCCUACUCCGGUCACAACACCCGAGAGUCCGUGCUCCAUCUGGCCAGGAUCCUCAAGGAGCAAGAAGACACAGUGAGGGGGGACACCCUUCAGGUCGACCGCCCUGCCAAGAAGAAAGCCUGCUGCGGCUGAUACAGGCCUCCCAGGACCCCCGCCCGGGCCCGAGGCCACAGGGUCUCCCCUGCCUCCUGCACACGGACUCCUGUGCCAGGGCCCCGACCGAGACUGGACCGCUGUCCUUGUGGGUGACGUGCCCCAAGGGAAGGGGAGCACAUCCCACCAGGAAAGCUGCUCCUGGUGCAUCUUGGGGUCUUUUCUCUCCCGUCUCUGUCUAGACCCGGAGGCCUGUUCCUUUCUUUUCUCCCCCAUCAACUUGGUUUCUUGGGGGAAAGAAACAGAUGGACUUUUCCAGAAAAGCCACCACGUGCCUUCUCCCCCCGCCCAUGCUCCUCUGAGCCUGGCCCCUGAGGUUGCCAUGGCAACUGUGCCAGCGACUUGCUGCUUCCUGUAGGCCAGAGACAGCGCUGGGUGGUGCCAGGGCGUUGGUCUGGCCUCAGAGCCUGUCCCUGGACCUGAUGGGAUGCUCUCGGCACAUGCGUCAUGGACCUGGGCACCUACCUCUGGUUCCACCCUGUCCCCCCAGGGGUCCUGCUCCUUCCCCAGCUUCAGGGCCCCUCCUCUCUCAGCAGCCACCACACCUCCCCUAUUUGUCCGCUUGGGUUUUCUGGAGCCGCGCCUUUGAAAACCACUGCCCACCCACAACCCCGACUCCAGGUGCUCUGGGGCUGAGAAGUGUUUGCCUGGGGUUAGGGAGUGGGCUCACUACAGGCUUGACUUUGACGAGAGGAAAAGAAAACAAGGGGGAAAAAAAACAUCUGCUGCUAAACAGAGCGACCGUGUCCGGAGGGUGUAAAUAAGGCACACACAGCGUGUAAAAGCCACUUUCUAAAUGUCCUCAAAAUAGCUCUCAGAAAAUCGUACGUGCUGAUUAACUUGGUAGAUUGACAGGCAGGCAGGGAGGCCUGACCCCAGGUCCACAGCUGCUGACUUCAUUUGAUUUUACCUUUUCCAGAAGGCUGUUUUAAUUCUUUUUAAAAGUGGCCGUGAUGUUGGCAUCUUGCAGGCGUUUGAGAUGUGAACCGAGCGCACUGCCGGCCGCGGCCCCCCGUGACGGCACUGGCCCUGGCGCCGCCGAGCACAGGUGCCCGAGCACGUGCAUGGGGAGGGGGGAGCUUUUUUGGCUUGAAAACAGGGAUUGAAGCAUGUGGCCCUCAAGGGGCCUCAGAGUGAGUCUGGGUCAUGUGACUGUGGAACCUGGGGUUCCGUGGGCAGGUGUCCAGGGCAGAGGCUCGGGGUGACCCGGCACAGGGGCGUGGGCUGCCGGGCCACUCUGUGGAGGCGGUGCGGGCACCCGGGGACUGCCUCCGGAGGGCGGGAGCACUCACCUCUGUCACCGCCUGUCACGCGGGGUCUGGCCGGCAGUGUUCGCCUGAAGGUCCCGGUGAGAGCAGAGCUGGCGUCUCGAGAGCAAGGCCCACCUCU